AUGGCGGCCGACACUCAGCACAGUCAGUAUCUUGACCAAAAUCAACAGAAUCGUAGGUUUUUGGACGGUUUAAACUGGUUUUAAUACCUAAAAACCUGUUGUUAAUAACUUUUCAAUACUUUACUUUGAACCUUAGAAAAUUAAGUAGGUUAAAAAGAAAAGGAUAAAUAGUUAUAAAGAGAAGAGUAAAAACUGUAUUUCAGGCUCUGUUUACCUUGAUCGCAGCACAAGUACAGGCAGUCCGUUCACUCCAACACCCCAUUCUUCUUACUUUACUGGAGCACCGCAAAACCCAUCCAUCUAUGCCCAUGAACGAAACUCGUUUUUUAAUUGUAAGUUUGUCCGUUACAUUUUUUUCUUUCGUUUUAAAAAAUAUUUAAACAUUUUCAAAAAUAUGUUACACUAAUUUCUUCUUCAAGUCCUGACACGAAAACAAGAGUUUUAAAAUAUGGCUUUUUGUAUUUUUUAGAAUAUUUCUUUGACUGUCUGUUACAAAACAUAACUUCUCUCACUAAUAUAGCCUUGUUUAGCACGAAGAUCCUGGAAACAAAAUCGCCAUGAGAAGGCCCAAUCGUCUGGCAGUAUGGAGACAGCUCUGGAGCCUCAGCCCGGCGACAAACUGCCGGUCAGUGCAGUAAAACCUCAAGAACCGACUGUAGCAGUCGAAUCCUCAAGCAAAUCGACCAAUCCUUUGGGCUGGUUUGGCUUUAAGCAUUUGUUCUCGGAAUAUUGUUACAACAAGCCUGAGGCUGUCAAUUUGGGUAGAGUACCGAUUAGAAAACAAGAACAAGUCGUGAUCACGUCAGCUGAGGACAGCGGAGACACUUCUGGAGAGGAUUCUGGAUCUGGGCUUGGCGGUAACACCGAAAAAACGUUUGUUCCAGUAUGUUUUUUUUAAAUUUUAUAUUAUGAUAGCUUAUAAGUAUUAAUGUGCUUUUAUUUCCACAGCAUUAAAUUAUCUCACUGUUUUAUGUUUCUUUAGGUAAAACCAGAAGUAUCAGGCAAACCAUCUCAGUUCUCAUCUCGCUAUGUCACACAACGGCCUAAAUCUGAUGGCACCAUCUCCGAAUGUAGUUUUGGUGAGAGUACGAACAAAUCUAUUGUGCUACCAGAUGGUUCUGUAGCCACUCCGCAGCCAAAAAAUUCUCCAAUUGGUUCUUUGGGACAAAAGACUGAGACCGAGCUGAAUUCACUCAAACUGGACUACGAAAGUAAAGUGCAUGUAAGUUUGUUGGACAACAUAUUAAAUUGAUAUUAUUUAGGUAAAAAACCUUUAAAAAAACAGAUUUGACUGAAAAUGUUGACAUGUUUUGGAUUUAACGUAACUUAAAACUCUGAAACAGUACGAUUUCAGCACGAUUUCAUAAAACCGAGCCACGAGUACUUUGCCGGUCGUGAGAACGCUCUGCCAGUUCAUUCGCCAAGAAGCUCGAAACUGUUUGCUCAAGAUUCGUCCACGUCCAACGCCAACACAGAGCCUAAGGCAUCGAUGUGGAAGAAGCUGUUCAACGUCUGGAGCCAGUCAUCUUACGGUUCCAACAAAUAA